CCAGAAGUGUUUUUGACGUGGCGUCUGGGGUGAUUCCCAAUAGUGGGGAAUCGAGAUUUUGGGCAACAUUGCUGUAAAUACAAAAGUAUGGUCAAAAUACUGACGUGUGGCCAUACAUCUUUACACUCUUCUGGUAGGUGAUUCUGGCAAGACUAGUCAAAAUAUGUUAUAAAAAUUCUACAUAUAGAUGGUGCUGUGAACGGUUAACUUGAAUGUUUUUUUGUGAAUUUAAAGAAAUGGUUUAAGAAUUAAAUACAUUUCAGUGCUGACAACAUUACAAAUUUAAAAUUCUAUGUUAUGAUUUGACAGAUAUAUUUUGUACUUUCACGGUUGGCUGCUGUGACUAAAGUUUGGUUUGUAUUGUGUUCUUUACUAUCGACGUCGCCAUUUCUAAUAUUUAGUCGCGAAAUAAAAAGUUUUUGUGAAUUUUGAUGCUUUUAUUCUUAUUCUAGUAGAAAGUAUAAUAUUCUUUUUACAUGUAGAAUAUCCUUAACUUUUGAUGUGUUAAUAAUAUGUAUAAAUGUAAUAAAACAAUUAUAAAAUGUUAGAAUUUAUUUUGCAAGCAAUAUUUGGAGUUCUUAAUAAAUCCCACUAAAAAUAAAAAUAUAAAAAACAUUUUCUACCGUAUAAUUUGCUAUCUGAAUAAACAAUUCUUUAGUUUUGACAUAAACAGAUGCUAAUAAAAGUUUAUAUUACAAUUGUAAACGUUUAAAAUACCAGAACGUCUGCAUAGGUAAGGACUUUUGAUUUAUUUACGAAGUACAUUCAUACAUGUAUGUAUCAAUGUGUGUAUAACUUUUAUUAAUUUUUUACAAAAAAAUAAAAAGUGUAAACAACAUGAGUGAACGCGACGUACCCAGUGUACCCGUGACUACUUUAGCGGGUCUAACGAGUUUAUCCGAUUUGCUGAGUGAGUUACCAGUUUCUGAAUCUUUCGGAAAUACAUCAUCACUAAAUAGAACGCUCCUGUUUCACACUCUUGUAGCCAGCGAAUCAAAAAAUUUAUUAUCAGUGCGUGAUGACAAUUUAACUAGACAAUUAGUGCAAGCUAUAGAGAAAACGGAUCCUGAAAAUAUGUAAGUUUUAUGAAGUUAUUUAUUUACAACACUUUUAUUCCCAAUAAAUAUUAAAUUUGAUUUUUGGGGCAUCAAUUAACUUUAAAAUAUUUAUUGGUUGUUUGGACGUAAAACGGAGUUCCAUUAAAGUAGUUCUUAUAUUAUGAGAUGAAUCAAUUAUCAAAAUCUUUUAGCAUGAAAUAUGAUAUGACAUAUAACAUUGAGUAUUUCAUUAAAUUUUCAGUCUUGUUGAUUCAAUGUUAAAAAAAUUUUUAAAACAUAUUUUUAAAAUUUGAAAAGCAUAUUCGAGUUAUUUUAUUUUAAUACAUUUACCAAAAUUAACAAAAAAAAAAAAAAAAAGAAAAAAGUUGGUAAUUAAUUAAAUUUAGAAAAAAAUACCAAAUAACUAAUAUUUAUCAUUAUGAUAUUGACAAUACAUUGGAAACUUUCGAACUUCUACAGAAAAGAAGACUUUUGCUAAAAAUUACUAUUUUAAGAUAUUCUUUCUUCAUUUUGAUAAUUUUGUAUUUUUUUUUUAAUUUUUAUGCAAAAUAAUUUUUUUAUUUUAUUAAUUAAAAUGGCAAAAUAAGUAACGAUUUUAAUACUUCUUUAAAAAGUUACCUAAUAUUUGUUGAUCUGCGAUUUAUAUUUAAUAAAUAAGUUAACACUUUCAAAAAUAUUUAAAAAUUUCAUGAGAAAGAUACAGCGAAAACUCCACAUAUGGGUUAAAGACCUCGUAAAACCGAUAAUUUGAUUAUAAUAGAAUUUAAAAAAUUCUAAAAAUUACUUCUCUAGGGUAGUUAAUUAAAAGUUCGAAAUAAGUACUCCUAUAAUUUAACACAUGGAAAAUAACACCGUUAUUGGUUGUAGUAGUCCUUCGGGAAAACCUCUUAGUUUUAGAAAGAAUCGUUCUACUCGUCUACCCAUUGACGAAUAUAAUAUAAACUUGUUGAAUUAAUAUGAAAUGUACUUUUUUAGGACAUUUAGAUCGAUUUUUUGAGUUGACAACCAAAUGCCAAUUAAUAAUCAAAUUAGUUAAACCAAACAUAAAUUGAUUCUGAUGUUAAUUCCCUUAGAUAUUUUUGAGUACAAGAUUAAACUUCGCAGAGUUACCAUACAGAAAAGGCCAUUAUUUGUUAUCAAAACAAUGAAUGUUUUAUAAAAAAAUAUGACUAUUGUAAAUGUAAAAAAUAUAUAUUGUGAAGUCCUUAUAAUUUAUAGCAAUCGAUAACUCAAUCAUUUUAAUGUUUAUUUUAGUAUAAAUUGUAUUAUUUUUUUUUUUGCAUCGGCUGUUUACACUUGCAUUUUUUGCUCAAGUUUAAACCACCUCCAUUGGUCGCUUAAACUUGCAAACAAAAUUAACUAAUUGAAUACUCAAAAACUCAAAAACUUUCGAGGAUUAAUUUUAAUUUGAUCCCUAAUCCUUCACCUAUAGGUUGGCCUUUAGUUUUAGCAGUUUUAGUUUUAGGACAUUUGUUAGGCGGCCAAAUUGAAAAGAUACUGGACCCGAAGUAUAUUUAGUUUAGCGGUGGCAAAAUUAUGGAAUAGAACUGGAUUUCAGGACAAGGUAUUCAAGUAGUUCGAUGAUAUGGACUCAUAAAUUUUCGUUACAGGUCUAAUUGGAUUUGAGGGAUGCGGCUAUAAGAGAAUAGCUAAAUUUUUCAAAUUAAUUUUUUGACACUAUUAUUGAUUCAAUGCAUCUCCGGUGUCAAGCAGCAAUACAUUUAAAAGAUACCCAACUUUAUUCUGAGUUACUGACAAGUCCUGACCAUUUUUGUUAAUAUAAUAGAUAUGUUUCAAUUUUUUGUCAGUAACAGAAACCCAAAUACAUUAAUCUGGUUUUAUUUUUUCAAAAUUCAAUUAUAUUUAUAGAAUGUUAUUAAUUCUAAUAAAAUAUUUUUUGGCAUAGCCUUAAUACAUAUGGCCCCCGAAAAAAAGCUUUAACAGUCAUAACUAUUUUAAAAAUGCGAGUAUAUCAUCGAAAUUCGACAUAAAUAGCUUAUAUGAUUAAAAUUAUCUCUACCGAAUUUUAUGAGGAUCAGUCCAUUAUUGACCCUACCCGUCAUAUAUGGUCCCCUCCAAAAAAUUACUUUAACGCCCAUUACUGACUUAAAAGUACGAGUUUAGCGCUGAAAUUCGAUAUUAGUUAGUUUCGUAAGAGCAAAAAUCUAUUAACCUAAUUUUAUGAAGAUCGGUCCAUAAUCGACCUUACCCACCAUAUAAGGCCACCUUAACCAUCUUGUCUAUACCCCAGCAUAAUUACGUACAUCAAUACCCAACAUACCCCCCGGGUAUGUCAUACUAUUUAUAUCGCUAUUUAUUUUUUUAUACAUUUAUAGUGUAUAAUUCAGAUAAUUAUUAAAACUAAUUUAAUAAAACGUCUGCAUAUAUAAAUUAAAAGUUUUUGAUCAUAA